AUGUGCGCGUCAGUCAUAACUGCCAAGCCCAAGUCGGCUUCUACUGUCCAACACCACGGCGAGCAAGAUGCAAUAAUAUACGCCGUCUCCGGCCGUGGCGUUCUCCUCACCAGUCCCGCCGAUGAGAACUCGGAACCGACCCGUCACGAGCUCGUGCCGGGAGACUUUGCGUUCGUCCCUGCCUGGACGGAGCACCAGGCGCUCAACGAGUCUGAGGGCGAGGACAUGGUGUGGGUCGUCAUCCGCAGCGGCCCGGUGCCGGUGGAGGUGUCGUUGACAAGUUGGGGCGGCCCUCAGAUCGAGGACAGGCCCAGGGGGAAGAAUGUAUAA